CCACCUGGGAGUGGUGUCUCCGGAAGUAGUGGAAGGCAGCGGGGGUUCUGGUUCCGGUCGGUGUGUAAGAGUCAUUGUAGCCGGGAAAGAUGCCGGAGCUGGCCGUAGAUAAGGUUGUGGUUCACCCGCUGGUGUUGCUCAGUGUGGUGGAUCAUUUCAACAGAAUUGGAAAAGUUGGAAACCAGAAGAGAGUGGUUGGUGUCUUGUUAGGGUCUUGGCACAAGAAAGUCUUAGAUGUUUCCAACAGUUUUGCAGUUCCAUUUGAUGAAGAUGAUAAAGAUGACUCUGUCUGGUUUUUGGAUCAUGACUAUCUUGAGAAUAUGUAUGGCAUGUUCAAAAAAGUAAAUGCCCGAGAGAGAAUCGUUGGCUGGUAUCACACAGGACCCAAGCUGCAUAAGAAUGAUAUUGCUAUCAAUGAGCUGAUGAAAAGAUACUGUCCAAAUUCGGUUCUUGUGAUCAUUGAUGUGAAGCCAAAAGAUCUGGGCCUUCCCACUGAGGCAUAUAUCUCAGUGGAGGAAGUUCAUGACGAUGGUACGCCAACAUCAAAGACAUUCGAACAUGUGACCAGUGAAAUUGGAGCGGAGGAGGCAGAAGAAGUUGGAGUGGAGCACUUGUUACGAGACAUCAAGGACACUACAGUGGGGACCUUGUCACAGCGUAUCACAAAUCAGGUACAUGGGCUGAAAGGACUUAACUCCAAACUGCUUGAUAUCAGGAGUUACCUAGAAAAAGUAUCUAGUGGUAAACUACCCAUCAACCAUCAGAUCAUCUACCAGCUCCAAGAUGUCUUCAACCUGCUGCCAGAUGUAAACCUCCAGGAGUUUGUGAAAGCCUUCUACCUAAAGACUAAUGACCAGAUGCUGGUGGUGUAUCUGGCCUCUCUCAUCCGCUCAGUGGUCGCCCUUCACAAUCUCAUCAACAACAAGAUCGCCAACAGAGACGCCGAGAAGAAGGAAGGGCAGGAGAAAGAGGAGAGCAAAAAGGAAAGAAAAGAUGAGAAGGAGAAAGAAAAGACUGAUGCAAAGAAAGAGGAAAAGAAGGAAAAGAAAUGAGGCUGUCACUGUUAGUAUUUUUAUUUGUAUGUAUGCUGGUGGUUGAAUAGUCUAAUAAAAAUAACUUACUGCUGACCCAGCUUUUCUGUAAAUGAAUGAUUCUGUUUACUGCCCUCUACAGUAUUUAGCAGGAUACUGUAACAUGCAGCAGUUUGUAGUCAGCCGAGGGCUUACCUGACCUUUGCCUGCUACUCAUGGGGUUUUCUAGGACACUAUAGAUACAACUUAUUGUAAAUGGCACUGGAUCUCUUCUUCUGGAUCUCAGUCUGGCUGUAAUGUCCUUUUUCACAGAAAAAAAUAUUAAAGCUUCUUGUUUAUAAA